UUUUGAUUUGAGCAAAUUUGGGUGGUGCAUUCGGGGUGGCGCUGCAGUUUUAUGGGUUUCGUGAUUAAGAAGGUGUAAUUUUCCUGUUCAAAUCGCACACAAACUUCGCCCCAAGAUGACGUCGAAAAACAUCUUCUCGAAGCACCUGCCCAACAUCAAGCUCGCGACCCGGUUCGACGCCGACGGCAACGAGAUCCAGGUCGAACGCCGCGAAGACGAGGAGCAGAAGCGCAAGGAGCAGGACAUUAUCGAGGCGCUAGUGGGGGCCGGCUACUACCGGGCCCACAUCCAGGGCCUGUCCACGUUCGACAAGAUCGUCGGCGGAAUGACCUGGUGCAUCGAGGCGUGCGACUACGACGUGGACGUGGACUUGCUGUUCCACGAGAAUCUGACGAUCGGGCAGAAGAUAUCACUUACGGAGAAGAUCGUCGUGGUGCUGCCCAAGAUGAAGUGUCCGUUUCAGCUGGAACCGCACCAGAUCCAGGGGUUGGACUUCAUCAACAUCUUCCCGGUGGUCGAGUGGCUCGUCAAGCGGUCCGCCGAGAAUCGUAGCGAAAAGGCCGAUCGAUUGAAGAAGUUGGCCGCGUCGCAGUUUCAAAAUUAUUUCACUUUGGGCUCGGAUCGGGAAGCCAAACAAGUUCACGCCCGUCAGUUGGGCAACUUGAAGACUGUCGAGGAUCGUUACAUUCCGAAGAGGCAGUUCCGGCGAACGGAACGCGGUCCGGAGGAUGUCAUGAGUCGGGUACGGAUCACGCUCAUGGAGUACGGAACGCGGGAUUUUUCCGUCAAGACCAACGUGGACAUUGCGGAGAUUGAUGCGGACGCGCAGGACGAGGACGUGUUUCGAGGAAUGCUGCAGGAGACCGACCAAGAAGAGCUUGAUUUUGAUCAAUUAUUCAAAAACUUAUCAGUUGCUAAAGAGCAGCAAAGUCGAGACUCCAAACUGACCGCGGAGGAGCGCGACACCCUAAACCGCCACUACGAGGAUCUCAAGCGCGAAAUGUCCAUCGACACGAGCCAGCUGUCCGAGCAAAACAAGAUCAAAACAAUUCUCGCGACCAAAUUGGCACUGGAGAAAAAACUGAAUCGCGUUAAGUCGCACAACGACCAGCUUCGCCAAGUCGUCCAAAGCGAGCGCGACCAGCUGGAGCUCGUCCGGCAGGAGAAGGAAUCGCUCGAGCAGGACAUUAACAACCUGGACAACACGGAAAUCAGCGAGGAAAAUCGCAAGAUUGUCGCCCACGUGCAGGAGCUGAUCCUGGAGAACGAAAAGAUGAAGCAGCACGAGGCGGAGUUUAAGGAGCGCUGCAAGAAGGAACUGGUCGAGUUGCAGACAAAAAUACAAAAAGCGGAAGCCACAACCCCGGACGAGGACAUUGCCGAGCACCAGAGAGUGCUUGAGGUGGAGCAGGAGCGCCUCAAAGCGUUGCGGCUGCAGCUGGCGAAGAAGAACCGCGCGUACGUGGCCAUCAACCGACAGCUGGACAACAUUCCCGACCGGACCGAGCUGGCGCAGUACCAGCGUCGGUUCCUCGAGCUGUACAAUCAGGUUGAUCUUGUUUUAGAUCUUGUUCCGUGUCUUGUUCGGACUUGAUUGCAACCGAAUCGAACCAGCUGUCGUUCCUUUUGGGAUUUGGUUUACGAGCUUCGAAGAUUUUGGACGAUUUUCGACGGAUAAUAGGUAAGUUUAGUUCUAGAUUGUGAUAUUUUUGCUGCCGAAAUGUUCCGGCCGGGGUGCGCGAGUGACCGAAUCAAAGUGUCUUCUAUUCCAGAUUUCGGUCUUCGUGGCGGAAGACGAGAUGGGAAGGAACCGGUUUGCGAUCGAGGUAGCGGUUGGUGUUUUACUUUCCGCGGGAGGUUGGGGCACAUACCUGAUGAAACUGGUGAGUCAUGUUUUAGAAACGAAGUGUGUGUUUGUGUGAAAUUGUAUUAAAUUCAAAACCUCAAAACAUCAAAAUUGUUAUCUAAUCCACGUUUUUACCCAAUAAUUCCAAACCAAAGAAAAAUCUAAAUUACCAGAAUUUAAAAAAUCUUAAACACUAAAACUGUAAAAUUCUAAAGUUUUUCAUUCUCAAUUUUAAAACUCUAGUAUUUCAGAAUUAUAGAAUGCAAGAAUUCGAAGAGUAAAAAUUUCUUUAAAUUCAUGGAAUAGUGUUCAAUUUAAUUCAAUUCUGUUAUAUUUGUAAAUAAUCAAGUUACAGUGAGAUCAUUUAGGUUCACAACAGAGUUUUGGUGUUCCUUUCAGCUGUGUUUUACAUCGUAAUUCAAUCGAAAAAUUAUUACUUCAUGGAAUUGUGUAAAUUUUUAAUAUUCUUAAAUUAUAGAAUCUAAUAAUUCAUAAAAUUUUCGAAAUCUUAAAGUUCUCAAAACAUUUCCCUUUAAAAAUCUGAAAAUCUAAAAUA